UACAAACAAUAUGCUGAAGUAUCUCAUCCUUACCCUGGCCCUCUGUGCUGUGGUGUGUAUUUUCCCCUCAGCGAUGAUCACAUCCCUCAGCUGAAGCAGCUGAUCUUCCCCGACGCGCCCGAUGUGCGCCAGUAUCUGGACCUCUUCUACACCCACGAGGGCUACCAUGCCGAUCGUCUUGCCAAGCAGUUCAAGUUGGGCCUUACAGAGGAGGAAUCCCUGGAGAUCGCUCAGGGCUGCUGCAUCGACAAGAACGAGGAGGGCAGCCCUGCGGAUGUGUGGGCCUUCCGGGGACACAAGUGUCUGAUGGCCAGCAAGACCGGGCCAAAGUGAAGGCCAAGCAUGACGCAGCCGAGGCGGCAAAGGCGAGUGCUUAAGAUCGUUGAGACCAAUAAAAGUGUUCACAUUUUGUGCUGGAACGC